UCAUUUCUUCGCUUCAUUUACUUGUUCAUUUAAUUGCAUUUAUUCUAUGAAACAAUGGCAAAAAGCGUACAAAUUAUAUCUGAACAAUAUUAAAUCUUGUUUGUGUAACGUGACAUCAUGGAUAUAACACAUAAUGCAGAUGACAAGUCGUCAAAUGAGGACGCUUUGUUAUGCUGCCGCGCUUGCCUGUCGACCGAUGGGCGAUUGUACAACAUGUAUGAAUACAAGCUUGCUGACGCGUUCGCUCACAUCACAGGGACUCCUGUAGUGAAAGACAGGAGGCCACAGCACCUGUGCGCGUACUGCGGCGCGCGGCUGCUGAAAUGCGCAACUUUCAGGGAAAUGUGUCUGGAGGCACAGCAAACGCUCACACUGGUGUUACUUAAGGAAAAGUUGGAUACACAAAAUAUUAGCAGAAUAAAGCCUCCAUCCACCCACCAUCUCACAAUUACCAACGUCGAAACCACAGACUAUAUAGACGCUCCAGCAGACGACAUCAAACAUGAACCUGACAUAGAUAAUAUAGACAUAGUAGACAUAGACGGUAUCAUAGGCAAGACUGACAUGAAAGAAGAAGUUGAAAAAACUGACGAUAAAAGACCAGUUAGGAAUAGGAAAAGAAAAAUUGGAACGAAGAAAAACCAAGCGAUUAAAAUUAAAAACAAUGAUGAACCCGAAGUCAGUCUUUCAGAUACUAAAAUUAAAAUGGAAAUCGAAAUUGAGCGGCUCAAUUAUGAUGAAUAUGAUGGAGUAGAAACUAAGAAAGAAGAUAUUGAAUCUGAUGAUAAUGAUGAUAUUGAUGAUGUUGAUAGUGAUAACGAUUUCUUAAUUGCUAAGACUCCAGUGAAAAGAAAAGCAGUUAAAAAGAGAGUGGCAUUAAAAAAAGAAGCAAAGAAAGAUACAAAGAGAGGGGGAGAAGUGAAAAGGAAAAGGAAGGAGGGUAAAAGGAAGUUCAGGGAUCCGGCCAACGACAACAUGCCUAUAUUCGAUUUUGCUAAAUUUGAGAACGCACAUGCAGUUAAAAUUGUAGUUUUAACUAAGGAAGAGCAAAUGGAAGAGAUAAACCUGCGGAAGAAAACUAGGAAUUUUUUGGAGUCCAAUUUUCGGUGUGACGACUGCGGGAGAGGGUUUGACGCGGACGCGGCCUACAACAACCAUCUGCUGCGGCACAGUCCUAGCGAGGGGCAAUACCCCUGUGAGAUAUGUGGCAUGCGCUUCAAGCUAAAAUGCAUGUGCCAGCGCCAUCAGGACGUGCACCGACUCAAGUUCAUAUGCAACGAGUGCAGCUACGUGUCCAGAGACAGGUACCAAGCGAGGCGGCACCACGCUAUGCACACGGGUAAGACGUACGAGUGCCAACACUGCGGGAAAGUUUUCAAUAAAAGUUCGACGUAUCUGUCGCACGUGCGGAUGGCGCACCCCGCGCUGAACGCCGCAUGCGACGUGUGCGGGGAGACGUUCGUGGGACAACUGGGACUGAAGCUGCACAAGAGCAGGGCGCAUGCUGAGUGGGACGGGUGUACAUCUCUCUCGGUCACACGCGUGGCGCACCCCGCGCUGAACGCCGCAUGCGACGUGUGCGGGGAGACGUUCGUGGGACAACUGGGACUGAAGCUGCACAAGAGCAGGGCGCAUGCUGAGUGGGACGGGUGUACAUCUCUCUCGGUCACACGCGUGGCGCACCCCGCGCUGAACGCCGCAUGCGACGUGUGCGGGGAGACGUUCGUGGGACAACUGGGACUGAAGCUGCACAAGAGCAGGGCGCAUGCUGAGAAACCGCAACAGUUUAAGUGCACGAGGUGCUCGGUAAACUUUAUCAGCUUAGAAGCACUGAACAGACACACGGACACGGCCGGCGAGCACGGAGCCCUGCGGCCGUGCGAGCAGUGCGGCGAGAACUGUGCGAGCGAGCAGGCGCUACAGGAACAUGUCAUAGAGAGACAUCCGAAACAAACCUAUAACUGUUCAGAGUGCGGCAUGUCGUUCCCGAGUGCAGCGGCGUGCGAGUUGCAUCACAAGCGGAAGCAUUUAGGGCAGCGCUACACCGGCACCAAGAUGGACCGCGCCAUGCGCAAGCGGUACGCUCAGAAGCCGCAGCCGAAAGGGGUGUUCGUGUGUGAGCAGUGUGGGCGAGUCGCGAAGAACGCGACCCUGCUGCGUUACCACCAGCGCAGCCAUCAGGAAGUGAAGCCGUUCGCUUGCAACAUCUGCCCGAAGAGCUUCCCCUUGAAAACGGCGCUAGAGGAGCAUAUCCGGUCGCACACGGGUGAGAAGCCUUACCAGUGUCCCGAGUGUCCGCUCGCCUUCAGCCUGAAGGGGAACUUCAACCGACACCACAAAACUGCGCACCAGGGGCUCCGCGCCAACGUCCCGUGCUCGAUCUGCGGGCGCGUGUUCUCAACUAAAGCGGUGUUGCGCACGCACGUCAACACCGUGCACCACGGCCAGCCGUGGCCCAAGAGGGACCGCACCAAGCGGCCUAAGAGCGGCCACACCACGCCCAGUAGCGACAUACUAGCGCUCGCUCAUACUAAGCAAUAGUUAUUUUAACCGAUUCGGGACUGAUGACACGCCUGCCAUGUCAUCAAUGUUUUUUACGUGUGGCGUAUGACACGGGAGGAGUGUCAUCAUAUUCUAUGGCGCAUGGCAUGGCUGCCGUGUCAUGAAAUGAUUGUUCCGCGCCACAGCCAAAAGUUUUCGAAAAUGGAACACGCAACGAAUCGGUUAACACAUUCCGACUACUACAUAACACA